AUGGCUCGAGGCUACUUCGGUUCCAAACCAGCAGCCCCUCCGCUGCCCGUCCCUCGGCAAGGCCCAGUGAUCGAUGCCACGACCAUCAUCUCCCUCCUGGGAGUCCUCGCACUGCUGGGCGGUGCGUACGCAACGUCCGUGAAGCUGCUCCCGAAGGCCACGACGCUCAAGACGCGGAUCCUCUUCGUGUGGCACCUGUUCGACGCACUGAUCCAUCUGGUGUUCGAAGGGUCGUUCCUGUACAACUGCUUCUUCGUGUCGUACUCGCUGCCGACGUCCUUCUCCGUGACAUCGCGUCACCACCCGCACAUCCGCCUGCUCACGCCCCCGGACGUAUACUGGCUGGGAAGAGAGGACCAACUGUACGGAGCGAACUAUGGCACCGGGCCAUUCUCGCGGCUGUGGCAGGAGUAUGCGAAGGCGGAUCACAGAUGGGGCGGCGUGGACCUGACCGUCGUGACGCUCGAGGUUCUGACCGUGUGCAUCGGGGCUCCGUUGGCGUUGUGGAUCUGCGAGUUGCUGAGGAGGGAGGAGAGGAAGGGGGCGCUGAAGAGGUGGUUUUGGAUGAUCGUCCUGGCGACGGCGGAGCUGUAUGGAGGAUGGAUGACUUUCGGCCCUGAGUGGCUCACCGGCUCCCCCAACCUCGACACUUCGAAUUGGAUGUACCUAUGGCUCUACCUCGCAUUCUUCAACGGCCUGUGGGUCGUGUUCCCGCUCUGGAUCCUCUGGGAGGCGUACCGCGCCAUGGGCUCCGCCAUGUCGCAGGCCGAGAUGGUCGACCUCGUCAAUUAUCUUAAGAAGGACUCUUGAGUUAUUCCAACACCUCCUAUCUCAUUCGAAAGCUCGAUGUUUGUUGUGUUGGAGAAAGGUCGUGACGUGCGAGGGCUGUGGGGAAGUUGGGGAUAGUAGGUAGGUAUAUACGUGAUUUGGAAGAAAGAAAAUAUGGGUGGUUAGGGUAGGUGAAAAAACGGAGGAGUUGGAGGUGCAUAAAAUUGAUCGAUGGAUCUAGUGGUGAAUACUGUUAACAGGGAGCAUUGACUUCCCUUUUUUUUUUUUACCUCGUCUUUUGAUAGUGAUGAUCGUGAGGGCAG